AUGAAACGCUAUGAAGAAUUAUCAAACAAAAAAAUUGUGAAAAUUUUGCAAUCAGUUUCUGAAAUAACAGCCUUAUCAGUUCCUGAUUUAUUUAAUUACAGUGGGUUAUCAGUAAUUUAUAUAAUCUACUCUACCUCACUUGCUUUUGCUUUAGUGACAUUAAGUGUUUAUACUUUAUAUUUCAAAGGGAUUUAUAUUUACAAAAAUACACUUGCCACAGUUUCGAUUUUAGAUAGUGUCGCAAUCGCAUCAGUCACUAUAACCAACGUAUUGUCGAUUUCAUUUGCCAUAAUUUUUCGCAGGAGAAAAAUUGUUUUACUGGUGAAAAACUUGAAAGAAAUUGAACGAGUUUUAAAUUCUCAAAUCAACGAUAAAGUUUUAAUUAUUGUCUUUGGAUUAUUGGAGAUUUUUCUUUUUUCUUAUAUAGUAUUUGAAUCCGUAUCGCAGAUAAGGACACACGGAGUUUUUCUUUACAGUCUUUCUGUUGUGAUGCAUGUGAAUAUAUUUUUGGUGUCAAUAACAGUAACUCAAGUGCAACUUUUUUCAACGUGUGUUAAACAGUAUUUUACUUUUGUUAACGAAAAAUUAGCUACAACCAUGCAAUAUCCACCAACUUCUAAAGUUGAAACAAUUAAAAUGAAGUUUUUUCUUAAAACUUAUGACAAGUUGUGCGAUAUUAUCGAUUUGGUGAGCAGUUCAUAUGGAAUACAAAUAGCUUGUGUCACUUUCAUUAUUAUAAUUUGUUUAAUUGAAAGUUUGAAUCUUUUGAUGAAGUUUGCACUACGUAUUGAAGCCAUAGGUGAUGUUUGGCCGACAACUUUACUUAUUUCUGAUACCUGGAAUUCCAUCAUUUAUAUUCUUUUUGGUAUUAUUUUAUCGAUUUGCUGUGAACGAGCAUCAAAUGAAGCUAACAAUACGUCAGUACUUUCUUACAAGAUUCUUUUAAAUUAUCCGUCAUGCCCGAAAUCACAUAGUGAUGAAAUCAACAAGAAUGAACUUAUGCUUCUAGCAGAACAUUUGAGUCAAAGAAAAGUUAAAUUUUCAGCUGCUGGCCUUUUUGAUGUUGACCAUACAAUGUUGUAUAUGAUUUUUGGAUCGAUUGCUGCUUAUCUAGUCAUUGUUUUACAGUUUGAAUAA